CUUAGCAACAAUUUCAUGUUUGCUUUUUUCAUUGUUGAACCGAAACUGGUUAGAGUUCAUCUUCGAAGGUCACACUGUAUUCUAUCGAUAGCUGAGCAGAGAGCUGAGCCAGUUCGCAUUCAUCAGAGGCAGUCCAUUGUCCUGUCUUUGCUUCACUGCUUCUACACGCAACUCAUCAGCGCUGCGGGAGAACGGCUAUUGAUCACAAUGGAACGAUUAGGGCUAUUGGUCAUCGUUGUGCUGUCAUUGACAUGCAUUUCAACAGUGGAAAGCAGUAAUAUGGACAUCGGACAUAUGAUUACGUGGACUGUUCGAAGUGUAGGGUGGAUCGUCGGUGCUCGAAAGUUCCAAAAUUAUGGAUGUUACUGCAAUGAAAAGUUUCCUAUUGGAGGAAUGGAGCCCCUAGACAAGAUUGAUGAGUGUUGUAUGAGGCACAACCAGUGUUAUGAGAAUCUGGUAAGGGAUAAUCACUGCCCACGUAACAAGCUUCAUCAGAGUUACGGGUAUGAGAAGGUCACAGAAAAUGGAGUUAAACUCAUCAAGUGCACAUCGCACUCGGAUGAUUGCAAGUACAGACUGUGCAAAUGCGACGCCGAAGUAGCCCAUUGUUUUGGUAUUAAUGAAUAUCACAAGGAGCAUAAGGAUGUGAGUAAAUCAUCCUGCGUGACUACAGGAAAGUAAAAACACUCACCGAUGCCUCGAAAUGACUACUAUUUAAAAAAAAUCACCCAUUUUUAGAGAUGAUUAAUAAUCAUUUUAUACGAUAGAGCCUUGAAUAGAGCCUCAAUUAGACAAUGUCGAUUUUUUUUCUAGUCAAAUUGAUAUUUAUGAUUAGUACAGAAAACGGUGGCUUCGUGCGGAGUACGAAGUAACUAUGGGCCUUUUCACACGUGAAUCUUGAAUCAUCAGACAUUGUACUGAUGAUUGCAAUUCGUCUUUAUAUAGAAUCAUUCGUACCGUAACUGGAAUUCACCUCCGGUGUAGAAUUUGAACUUGUGAUUCUAGUUCGGUUUCAAACGUGCUAAAAAUCCGUCAUUAGCCUUUUCACUGGUAUCAUCUUUCAAAUUACGAUUUUUUUUUACCGUGUGAAAGGGCGGUAUGAUACUUUUCUUUUACUGAAUUACAUUCUAACUAUGCAACUAGCUUUACAUUAAUAGGGUCAUGAGUAAUCUGUGUAGCCUUUAUCACAAUGUGACUUUAGCCGCUAUAUCACUUACAUCCAAUCUGUGUGCUUUAUAUUUAUAUGAAUCAAUAUAUAUUAUUAGAUUUUCGACAAUCAAGAGAAACUGAGAAACUCCUAUUUUUCGAAUCUUUUCGAGAAUGUCUCAUCAUUUUAUCUUGAUCAGGGGUUUCUGUUAAUAGAAAGAGAAACUUGGAAAAAAAACUGCGAUUCCAGUUGAAUAUAAAGCUCAUGUAACUCCCACCAAAAGGUUUUGAUUAUUCAUGAAAAUAGUAUUGGAUGAGUGAUACCAUCAUAAUUGUAUAUAAACUUGUGUGAAUAUAGCCCUGUGCACUGUAAAAACUGUGGUGUUAAAACUGACACCAAUUGGUGUUAAUAGAGGACCACACCCUGAGGUGUUGAAAUAACACCCUAGAGAUUGAACAUAACACCAAAGAGUGUAAAUGUAACAACCAUAGGUGUUGUAAUAACACUUAUAGGUGUAAAACUAACACCACCAAUUUAACACCGGUGUAAAAUAACUGGUGUGGUCCUCUAUGUACACCGGUUAACACCACAGUUUUUGCUGUGUGGGCACUGUUACAACAACCAUUAUAAUGAAGUGUGGAUGUAAGGAUAAAACAUGUAAUACACAGUUAAAAAAUUGCACGUUGUUUUAGCCUGUCACUCUAACAACAGAUUGUUUAAACUGUUUUGUUUAAACUUUUUAAACAACUCGUUUAAAAAGUUUAAACAGUUGUUUAAAAAGUCUAAACAUUUGUUCAAAAAGUUUAAACAGUAGUUGUUAGAGGGACGGGCUUAAACAACGUGCUUAAAAUCUUAAACGGUGUUUUUACAGUGUGAAAGACUUCCGGAAAGUAUUGAAACAGGUGUAUUUUAAAUGUACAGUUAUAUGAAUGCAUAAUGACGGGUUUAGAUGAAAUAGAAAGAAUUUAAGAAAGCAGUGAAAAAUGGCAGUAUGAUAUCGAAAUGAGAAAGUUAUAAAUCAAAGAGAAUAAACAGGA